AUGUUUCAUAUUAAUUGUGUCGUGUUAACCUCAAUAACAGUGUUUUUAUGGCAAAGUAAUGGGAUUAAUGCCAAAUCAUCUUUGAAAAUAGAUGCUAACGAAAUAGAUUGUGAUAUAUGUAUGGGUGUAGUAUCUCUUGGAAAAUUGUUUCUUGUGUCACCAAUCAUGGAUAGUAUAAAGAAAAUGCUUAUAGAAAAAUUUUGUUCAUUACCCGGGAUUAUGACAAGAAGAUGUAUUCAUUGGGGAUAUCAUCAAGCAGACGAAAUAGUCUUUCAUUUCAUAAAACAAAGUUCAUCGAAACCAUGCAAGUAUCUUUCACUAUGUUCAAGGAAUAUUUCUCAAAGUUUAACGGGUGGAGUACAAAGGGAUGAAUUUCAGUUCAAUCAUUUUCAGUAA